CUUCGCAGCAGUCGCGUUCGGCAUCUAUUGCACAGAAUCUUAUCCCAUCGCCUACCAUAGAUUAUUCUCCCAAGCUCUGCAAUUAGUUUCAAAUUUCGAAAACCGCUAUUGAAACCCAGUCAUUUGUGCGAAACAGCUGAAGUUCAAGUGUAUUUGAAGUGAUUAAAAGCCCCAUUGCAAAAGGCCUACCAAGUGGAGUACGGAGUUUUCUAUCCAGGAAAAUAAUUGGUUCAUUUCACGCCUGAUAGCACCCAGCAGCUAAGAGAAAAAAAUUGUAACAAUUUCGGGAAUGCUCCGCUACGAAUGGCUUAAUUUUUGAAUCAGGAAAAUACUUCACCACCGCUUUUCACAACUUUGCACUCGCAAUCUGUAGCUAAUCAAAGUAGAAAAAAAUUCCAAUCGCAAGUGUGAAUAAUAAUCCCGGAAGAACACAAGUAGAACAAUUUCCAAUGUCGAGGCUCUUCAUGAAUACGACGUACCUGGACGACGCAAACGGCAACACGCUGUUGGCCCAUCCAUCGGCAUCGGCGUCGGCAACAGUAGACCAAGUGUCGCCAUCCACAACGACAAGCACGCUGGUCGCCAACGAAACCCUAAUCAUUCAAUCACCCUCGAACGAUGACCUCAGCCAGAGCCUUUCCGAAUACACCGAUGCGGACGAAAGUAUCUCGGCACCGACGGAACUGCUCGCCGAGUUCUUAUCCGCGGUGAUGUUGCGCGAUUACGUGAACGCCCUCAAGUACUGCAAGCUUAUUUUACAAUACGAGCCGAACAACAGUACAGCCCGUGACUUCUACCCGCAUAUCCUGUCGAAGAUAGCUUUGGAGGCGAACAACAGCGGCAGCGGAGCUGCCGGUGCACUAACAUUGGACCAGCAAUCGGGCGAAAGCGAUGAGAAUUACAACUUCAACUACAGUACCUCGUCGUCCAACUCGGACGACAUCAACAUUGACGAGGUGGUUAUGAUUUGCAGCAGCGAGAGCGAACAGUCAUCGAACUGCAGUUCAUAUCUGGAUUAUUCGAACAGUAGUGGGGCCAGCAGCGGCAGCAACAACAGCAGCAGUGGCGCUGAGCUGGACGAGCAGGCCUUGGACCGCAUCAACAGGAACAGCACAGAGUCGGAUCAGUUGCCACCGUCGCAGUCGGCGACGGACAACAAUACUUCGCACUCGUACUCGAGCUUGCUGCUGGAGGAGGAAGAGAAGGAUCUGUCGCUGUCGGAUAUCUCCAACUUGAACAUUGAAGAUGAUGAGAAUGAUUCCGCGGAAGGUGCCGACGCCUCUUCACCACCAACUCAGCCAACGUCUCAACCACUGACAACGCCCCAGGUGGCUCAACUAACCAAAGCUCAACCGCCAUCUGCACCGGCCUCCGCAACUUCUUCCCCGAAAUCGCAACCUCUUGCGUCAAAAAUUGUGGCCAUGCUGCGCGCCCGGGUCAUACCCUCGCGACACUACUCGACUAACGACUAAACAUCUCCCCCAUCACGAUUCCACGGUCGAUCUUUCAGUAGGCGUAAGUGCGUACGUAGGCACAAAUUUGCUGUAACAAACAAUAUCUCUGAAUGAAGAACUUAGGGCCUUGCUAUAUAUAUUUACAUACACUUUACUAUAAUUGAAAAUCAGUCCAAAGAAACACACAAAACUGUUGUUUACCAUGUAUUUUACUUCUAUAUGACUUAUACUCAACCAGAAAUGAUUAUACUCUUUGAACAUUUGGUCGAUAUUUAAUCCCCUUUCGAUAUAAGAACAUCUAAAUGAUAAAAGGCGUAACAAUCCUAUACUGCAUUAUAAUCAGUUCGCGAAGCAGUACAAUUAGAACAAAUUACCCAAAGACCUGCUUGAUUUUCUCUAAACUUGAAACCCGAUAAUCAUCACCGGAAAUUUCAUCAUCAACAACAUGGAGAGACCAACUUCUAACUGGAGGAUAGAAUCAUUAACAAUUUUAGGUACAUUUACAGAAAAAAAAACUAAUAUAUUAUACGUAGACGGACGGACGUUUGCAAACAGGAAAACGAUCUGUUGUAGUUGGAUACGGCGUAACAUGAAAUGACUGAUCAAUUUUCAUUCAGAGUUAAAAAAAAUCGACUUUUAGAAAGUGAUAAGAAAAGUUUAAAGGAAGCUAACUCCUUGCAGGCAUUGCAGUGAGAAUACUUUUCGUGGAGUUCGCAUUCGAUUCUUUGUCAUUGGCACAUAUCUAGAGAAAGAGUGAAUAGUUAGUUCCUUAAGAAUGCAAUUCAUCAUUUGAACGAAACGGUCGGAUAAGACUUAUACUAGACUAGGCAACGUUGAGAUCUCGCAGAACGUGUUGCUGCACAACAAUUCAAAUAAUACGAACCCAAGAGUGCAAACAGAGUUUACCUAGUGCAUAUAAAACCGAGCAUACAAAAACUUAAGUGCGAUUGUUUAACUGAACACAAACUUGUUUCGAAUUAUGAACAAUAAUUAUAUCACUUAAAAUGUACUCACUAUAUAUCGAAAGCUGAAACACUGACAUUUAGGAGGAACAAAUAACGCGUUUCCAUGAGAAAAAAAAUACACAAAUGUAACCUUAUCGUGCGUGUAACAGAAAAUGUAACAAAGUGUGAA